UAUUGCUGAAGCCUUCUUCGCAAGAUAUGAACUUCAGAGUAUAUGAAAAGAUUAAAGCGUACAUGGAUAACUCAUCCAUACAUGGUCUCAAGUACAUAACUCAAAGCGGCAGGCACUGGAGCGAACGAUUGUUUGGCGAACAUCACGAUCUAGAUCUGGAUACAUUUCUAAAAGAAAUAGUUUUCUUUGAUGGAAAUUGUUAUUCCUGUGAAGAGUUGUGUGGUAAUAACAUAAAUUGUACUGAAGAUCUGGCAACUCUAGUUGAAAAAGUGCGACAACCUUGCCAUACUCUUUUUUCUGACUGCUUAUGGAUGGGUCUGGUUAUAAAUUGCUGUGAGGCUUUUAAACCUUUAGUUACUGAGAUAGGCCUAUGUUAUUCUCUUAAAUCGAUUCAUGUUAUUGGGUCAAUCGAUUCCCAGAAAUUUAUUAUUAACAAGGAAAUUGGUCCUGGAAGACUUGAAUUCAAAGUUUCAAAAGAUGUUAUUGUAUAUAUGCAUACAACUGAAGAUGUACCUUUCAUCAAUACACCACAAGAAGCUAAACAUACAGUAAUAUUGGGAUCAAAUUUUAAAAUGAAAUUCACAGUUACCGAGAUCGUGAAUGAUUUGCUAUUGGACACAAUAUCUAUUGAACAAAGAAAGUGCAGAUUCCACUAUGAAAAUAAUUUGGAAGCAUACAAGCAUUAUAGUUAUUCAGGGUGUAUAGUGAAUUGUAGAGCUAAAGCACAAAUCAACUUUUGUCAAUGUUUGCAUCAUUUUAUGCCAAAAAUAAAAAUUAUUGGAUCUUUAAAAACAAUCGAUAGUAAUAAGCCUGGUCUUGUUUGCCCAUGCAUACCAAGUUGCACUGAACACGAUCAUCAUGUAAUUGAGACAAUUCUGGCACCAAAGUUGAAAAAACUAGUACUUAAAUCUAAUAAGAAAACAGGACCAGGAAAAUUGCGUUUCCAAGUUUAUGAAGCUGCAAAGCUUUUUAUUCAUUCUACCGAUGACGUUCCUUAUAUUAAUCACCCACUUGAAGAAAAAGCUGUAUUAAAUUGGGGAACAGUUUACAGUAUGUCUUUUCAGGUGAAUGAAAUUGAUAAUGAUCCAGCUUUGAGAGAUGUCUCAGUUGAGCAAAGAAAUUGCAGAUUUCCGCACGAAAAUAUUCUCGAUGUAUAUGACUACUAUAGUUAUUCAACUUGUGUUGUAAACUGUAGAACGAAAGCACAGAUUGAAUUCUGUAACUGUACUCAUCAUUUCAUACCCCACCAAGAAACAUUAAGAGCAUUGCGGACAGAAGAUAAUGAAAAAAAGGGACUUGUUUGCAAUUGUAUGUCUAGUUGUAUAGAACCAGAGUACACAAUUAUUAAUAAAGCACAAAUCACAAAUGAAGAAUCUCUAGACAAUGGUACAAAAGUAUCUGUAAUUAUGGAUACUCUUCCGUCACAGAGAUUUAAAAGAAAUGUAGUGAGGACGCGUCUCGACUUAGUUGUGAGCAUGGGAGGCACAGCUGGUCUUUUCCUUGGAGCCAGUUUGUUAAGUAUUGUUGAACUUCUUGUUUACAUUUUUUUCAGAGGAAAUACAAAAAAAGAAAUUCGAACCAAAUCAAUCACCUUGAUUAAUAAAAAAGCUUCUGCUCCUCGAAAUGUUUACACGAUUGCUAUACCUAAAAAAAUUAAUAUUACCAACAAUCAAAACAGACAUAUCAAAGGAUAUCUGAAAUCUAAAUAGAGAUGAAAUAAGUCUUUGAUAUUUUUUUUUUAUUUGUUUAGCAUUACAGACCUUUUAGAUCUUUUGUUACUUUAACAAGGCUGCUCCAUCUCUGCCUGUCUUGUGCUAUUUCUUUUCAGUUAUCUACACGCAGUUCUAUUACAUCUUUGUUGAUUUCAUCUACCCAUCGGCUGUAUUAGAUGUUAUUAGUGUAAACUAUGUUUGUGCAUUUUUAGGUAGCUUUGUCUCUUUUAUAAUCAAAUAUAACAUACCAAACAAAUCUAAAUUUAGUAAGUUGAAAGUAAGAAAAACAUCCUUCUUUUAACAGUCUCAUCUAUUUAUGAGUUUUUGGUGCUCUGCACCAUAUUCAUCUUUACAAUACUCGUUCCAUCUAUUUUUAGAUUUUGUUCUUAGUAUACAUUUUAUUAAUCAUUAACAAUAACUAAAUGUAAAAUUUUAAAAUUAUAUUUAAGCUUGAAAAAAAAAG